AUGAGGCGUAUCACAUUUGUCCUAUUUCUCGUGGCGGCGGCCCGGGCUAUGCCAGCCCUGGACAAAGAUGCCAACGAUCCCGGCUUAGUUGGCAGCGUCAUUGGAGUCGUCAAGGAGUGCGUUGAAGGAGAUGUGUCCUUGUGUCUCAAGGAGAAGGCUUUGAAAUAUGUGGAGAACCUGUCGUCUGCUCGUGAGAUGGAUCUCGCUGAAGGUGUCACCCUCAUAGGCAAUGGGUCACCAAGGUCCGCGAGGGCUUACGAGCCCUUAGCUGACGAACCCAAGAUCAGAGAAGCGCAAGUGGAAUCGCGGCUCGUGGACUCCGCAGCUGACUUCCUCGAGAACCAUGUCAUCCAAUUCCGCUUACCCUCAUCAGCUGUUGAAGGCAUGAAGCGUUCUCUCGAAGAAGCUCGUGGCAAGAAAAAGAAGAUUAAGCAGCUCCUUCCUCUUUUGGCCAUUGCCAAGCUUAAGAUUAUGGCUUUGAUCCCUCUCUUCCUCGGUAUCAUCGCCUUCGCUGCUGCCAAGGCCGUCCUCUUAGCCAAGAUUUCCCUUCUUGUUGCCGGUAUUAUUGCCCUGAAGAAACUCCUCGCCAGCAAGCACCAUGAGACCAGCUACGAAGUGGUUGCACACCCGCAUCAUGAAGAGCAUUACGCCAGCAGUGGUCAUGGAUGGGGCAGAUCAAUUGACGAAGCCCAAAACUUGGCUUACUCUGGACACGUUAAAUCAGAUUAAGAAGUGAGGGAUCUCGCGAGGCUUAAUCCUAGACUCCCUAUUCCUCAAGAUAUAUACGAACGAUGAUUGAAGAAUACAAAGCGUUGUGCUAUUUAUUGUUAUUGUUAAGGAUAUUUAUUGAGUAUUUAUUUAACGAAAUCCCUUUGUAAGGGAUGGUAAUGAGUAUUACUGUUGUUUUGUUUUCCCAUAAACUUUGUUCUGAAUUUGUAUGAUCCCUCUCAUCUCUCGUUAUACUACGUUAGUAUAUUUUUCACACCCUAUACGGUAUCCGUAUUUGUGUACUUUGUUUUAUACAAAUUUUAUUUUAUAUACGUAAAUAUUGCUAAGAUAUAAUAUAUGCUAUCAUGUGAUCUAGUCCUAGUCUUGUCUUCUUAGUCCUAAUACUUAAUUAUCAUUUCCAAUGUAUUGCAUCAUUUGCGUCAUCUUAUGUAUUUUUAUUAGUCUAUUGUAUAAUAUUGUAAAUAAUGUAUAUAAUUAUUUUUUAUUUAAUUUUUUUUACCGCCUCACCGCUGUAAAUUAGGCCUCAUUUUAUGUUUAUGUAUUUGAAU